AUGAUAGACGAGGAAAUACUCAGACAGUCCGGAGUGGAAGUACAAAGUAAUAACAACUCAUUAAUGAUGUAUGCAAUUAUAGCAUUAUUAGUAUUCUCCAUGUUUCUUUUGGCGUUUAUAUACAUAAGUUAUAAAUGCAAACUGACCACUAUGAGGGCCAUAGGCCAUCGAACAAGAACUUUGGAUAACGAUAUAUCGAAUAAAGAAAGAGAAGUCAUACAUGUGACGUCAUCGGCAAAAGGGAAUGGGGUUAAGGAAAAGCUACUAGGUGACACACCAGAUAGGCUAGCCCUAAAGACACAUAAAUUCAUAAUUAUGGACUUCGAGCUCUCAAUGGUGAACAAGACAAGCAUGGUUGUCAUCUCCGGAGCUAUAUCCAAUAGCUUAGACCGAUUUAAGAUUAGGAAACUGAAAGGACGACCUCUUUUGCUACCACUUAACGAAGAAGCUCGACCUAUGGGUGAGACGGAGCUUCAGGUGGCAAUAAGAGAGAUAAAAAGAGUGUUCAGAGUAAAAACUGAUCUGAGAGAUGCUUGUCUGGACCAAAUGAAGCAGAGUUUGAGUUCAACGAAAAAUAACUUAACACGGGGAUAUAUUGACAGUUAUAUACGUAGAGGUAAUAAGGAAAAUGUGAUAGUAGUGUGGAACGGACAUUCAGACAAAAACAUUUUAAAAAGAUUAGAUUUAGACCAUUAUCCUAUGCUAAACAUAACGUGUUACGACAAGUAUUUCAAUAAAAAUUUUUAUAUUCAGUUUGAAAAAUUAGGCAAUAGAGAAAUAAUUUUCGAAGUAGAUAUCGGUACAUAUAAUAAAGCAGGAAGGCUACUUAAUUUAGUAGAGACCCAUGAUAUAAUAUGUAAAAAGAAACACCAUACUACGUAUGCGCAUGAUCCAAGAAUGGAUGUCAAAUAUACUAAAUGUAUAUUUGAUUAUGUGAUACGGAAACAGCGAUAUGAAAAUCUAGUGAGGCAUUUCUAA